AUGGCAUCUGUUGAUCCAACAAUUGCUACUGCUGUUGCAGCUGCCAGUUCAGCAAAAAAAGCCUGGGAUGCAAUGCACGCUACAUAUGCUAACAAGUCCCGAACAAGAAUUUUCAGUCUUCGCGAUCAACUUGCACGAUUCAAAAUAGACUCCCAACCAAUCACUGAAUACAUUCAACAUAUUCGAUCCAUGGCUGACAAACUCUCUACUGCUGGUGCCCCUAUCACAAGCUCUAAACUCAUUGUUAAGAUCCUGAGUGGUCUAGGACCAAAGUUUCGUGAGAUUUCUGCUGCAAUUCGUGCUCGUGACUCCACUAUUACACAAGAAGAGUCAAAGAAAGCUCCUAGCCAGAUUGCUGCUGAUGCUAUAACAUUCAACAAAUCUGGAAACUCGAACAAUCGCAACAAUCGUCGCUCCAACAAUAACAAUGGCAGCAACCAACAAUGGCGAUAUAACAAUCGCAUUAAUUCACAAAAUCAGGGGCGAUCUUCGAACACCAACAACUCUUAUGAUGGUGUUCGCUGCCUGUUGUGCAACAAACCAGGUCAUGUUACUAGUAUAUACAGAUCCAGAUCUCACAAUCAUUUUGAGGCCAAGGCCAACUAUGUUUCGGGAAUGCACGCAUCAGCAAAUCCUUGGAGUCUCGACUCUAGAGCAUCUCACCACAUAACUGAUAAUCCUCACAACUUGCAGGAAUACAAUGGAAUGGAGCAGCCCAACCCUAUACUUAUCCCAAAUACAGAAACCAGCGCUCACAAAGACACCGUGUCUUCUGCCUGCGCUCUAAUAAAAUCGACAACUACAGGUACGUCUUCUACUUCUUCUCCUACAAAUUCUGUUGCUCCUCCUGAUAUUAAUGAUGCCUAA